UCACACGUCUCGCCCGGAGUAUGAGGUUCGUACAUACUUCAUAAUAGUGUUGGUAUUGCCGUCUGCCGAGUGCUGAUGCUAGACGGCCAGUACGCCCCGUACGCCACCUUCUCCCAUCCGUAUUCCGUCGGCCGUCAGUUGUGUUUCGUCGCUAGAGCGCUUGCGUAAAUCAGAUAUUUCUGACAGAGAACGAGCAAUAACAAUGUGCGCAAUUCACUGAUAACGCACGACUGUCGUGAUCUAGUUUUUUUGGUCAUUUUUCUCUAGUUUUUUUUUAUCUAUUCCGUGUUUGGUUGUUGGUGUUUCGUGAAAACGGUCCACUCAAAAAUGUCAAACCGACCGGUUAUUUGACAGGAUUCGUACAUUUCGCGGUACCAAGUCCUAAUUCUAGCCACAAGCAUACGUCUCUAGCUUUCUCGUUCGCUGCAAUAUCACCUUCGAUCAUUGCCGUCCAUUCAAAUGGAUUCUAUCCGGAAGUGGUUUUACAAACCUAAAAAAGGGGACCGCUCCUUGUUGGCUCAGUUUUUUUAUGCCGAUGACGAACUGAACGCAGUUGCAGCAGAAUUGGACAGUUUUGAUGGUAAAAAAGAUCCACAACGAUGCACUGCCCUUGUAAAUCACUUAAGACAAUGUCAAGACAAGGUAUUGACCAUUUGUAUAAAAAUAAUGAAUGAAUUAAUACCUGGUGAACGAGCUAGUCGAGAUUUCCGUGUCAAAUUUCCAGACGAUGUAAUCCAAGAUAACCUAGCGGGACAGUUGUGGUUUGGUGCUGAGUGCUUAUCAGCGGGAUCGAGUAUAAUGAAUAGAGAAGCUGAAAGUGGAGCAAUGAGACCAUUAGCUCGAGCAUUAACCAAGUCAUUGGAAAAAGUCCGUGGCUUAUUAAGAGACGCCAGUCUUUGUAGUGACCAAACGCCGCCGUGUCUACGUAACCUAGUAUCAUCCUUAUGCACUUUUGACCACUUACUAGCCGAAUUUGAAUUGCGAUAUGUAUCGGCAAUGGUUCCUGUUAAAACUGCUCAUGAAUACGAACUGCAACAGCUUGUAGUUGUUUUAUUUUCAGAAACCCUCCAAAGAGCUCUCGUCAAAGGUCUUUUACGUCAAGAAAUGGUGGAUGAUUAUGAUCCUGCUCUUAUGUUUACCAUACCUCGUUUGGCUAUAGUAGCUGGUCUGCUAUUCUAUCCUUGCAUAUCUCCUUUGUCUCUCGAUCAAAACCCUUCAAAUAUGUCUGAUAUGUUCCGUCCAUUUCGGUCUUUAUUAAUAAAAAUUCGAGAGCUCCUGUGGACAUUGUCGGAUAAAGAACUUUCAACUUUGGAAAGAAUGCUUUGUUCUUCGGACGAAGUCAAAUUUGAUGAAAACAUAAAGAAUCAGCGCUCAAUGUGUCGUGAUACAAGUGAUGAGGAUUCUGAAUGCCUUUCGUCCAGUACUACAGAGUUAGUAAUGGGUAGAAAUGUUACCACAAUAGAACAUUGCAGUACUAAGGGAUUCCCUUCGUCAUCACCUCAAGACUUAAUAAAUAAUAAUCCCUCAACUAAGAUUACUAAGUUUGAAUCCACAAUCAUAUCGAAAACAAAUGAUCUUCAAAAUAACGAAUUAAAAAGUACCGUCGCGUCCAGUACAUCUAACGAGUGUUUGGAAUCUACCAGUGUGCCAGAUUCUGACCUAACCGAAUCUUUAGCAACUGCAACUGAAGCCUUAACCGAAAUAUUAGUAAAAACUGAGUUACAUAAUGAAAACAACAACAUUAAUAUGGCAUUAGAUUCAAAUGGUAAUAACUCAACUACAAAGCAACAUCCUAAUGUUUCGAGUAGCUCUACACAAACCGACUGCCCACCAUCCAGUUCCGUGCACAUGUGUUGUUGUAAAGAAUGGAAUUGUUGGAAAUCAUCUGAUGACAGAAAAGAAAGGUGCACUAGUUCAGUUCACUGCCAAUCUAAUCGUUGUAAUCACAGAAGAAAGAAUUUCGACAAUGAUGUUAUACAAGAAAAUACAAAUUGUGCAUGUAAUGUAGCUAGAUACAGUAAAAAUUGGAGAGAGUUGCGAAAAGCGACUAACAAACGUAUCAACGUUCUUAGUCGUUUACAAAGUUUUAAUCGUAAUUCUAAACCUGUGAUAAAAAAACAUGAAAUGUGUUCGAGUUGUUCAAGUUGUACGACUUCGUCAGCUGAUGAAAGCGAUGAGAGUAUAACUGAUAGCUCAUCAACAGAUAGUUCCUCAAAUUUUUCAUUGCGGAAACAAAAUGCACGAGCAAAAUUUAGGUCUGAUGAAGACUUGCUGCAUCGAUUAUUUGUUUGCAUUUCUGGUGUAGCGGAUCAGCUUCAGACAAAUUUCGCUGGCGAUCUACGCAAUAUACUGAAAGCUGUGUUUCUCAUGUCCAACUCCAGUUGUAGUACUGACAACCAUCAAAGUGCAGAAAUUAUGUCUGAAAUUGAAAACUCAAAUGUUAAUAUUGAAAACGGAGAAGAGGCACUUGUAUGGAGAAGUGAAAAUAUGGUCGGCGACAUUUCAUCGGUAACAUCAGAAACUCCACCACCAUGGAUACCUGAUAACGAAGCUCCGAUAUGUAUGUCUUGUAAAGCGAUAUUCACAGUUGUCAGAAGACGCCAUCAUUGCCGAAAUUGUGGAAAAGUAUUUUGUUCACGCUGUAGUUCAAAUUCUGUGCCGUUACCUAGGUUUGGACAUUUGAAGCCGGUGCGUGUGUGUAAUAGAUGUUUCAUUUAUCAGGUGACUCCAUUCACGUUGGAAUCCUCGAUCGGACCCGUACCGAUUGUGAUGCAGUCCUAAUAAAAAAAAAUUAUCAUUUAUUGCAUUGCACUUUUUCCUCACAUUCCAAAGAAAUAAAGAAGAAACAUCUUUAUUUUUGUGUUACCAUUUUAUCUUAAUUGACUGUUAGUCUCUUCUCUUCAAACACUUUUGCUAUAAGUCUAUCUCUGAAAAAGCCUUCUGUUCCUAAAUAAGCAAAUGUUAGCUUUACGAAAAAGUAAAAACAUUUAAUACUAACCAUUUAAAAUUUAAAUGAUAAUUUUUAAUUGAUAGAUAAAUGAAAUACAAUUAUUAUUGCCAUUGAUUAUUAUUACAUUGUUAUUUUCUUUGUAAUAAUAAUUAAUUUUGUAGAAGAACGAUUACCCUAAUUGUAAAUGCGUAUAAUAUUACUCGAAGAAAUUCUUUUUUUAUAAAUAAUAGCUCAAUAAUGUAAUAUAGCUCAUUUACUAUUAUUAUUUUGGCCUUUUAAAGUUAUAUGAGAUUAAAAAAUAUUAUUAUUAAAUGAUAAUUUUCUGUUUAAAAUGUUAUAGACAUUACAAUUGAAAUACUAUCAAGAAUAAUAUUCUAAUUUAUGUAGAGAGCACUGUAUUUUUAUAUAUGAGUAAACAAAAAUAAUAGUUAAAUCUUAGUUCUAAUCAAGUAAAGCUCAUUUAAAAAUAUUGAUUCAGUCGAUAAUCUGUUUAUGUCGAACAACAAUGGCUGUGGAAUUAAUUCUUACUUUGAGUUUCUUCAAUAUUUAUAAUAAAAAUAAUAGAAAAAAAAUGAUUUUACUAAAAUAUUGAUACGGUUUAUAUUAUUAAAAUUUAGCUUUUAUUAACUUUUAACCGUCAUAUUAUUAUUGUAGAGUAAUUAUUGUGAUCACAUCUUGUGCAAUUUAAUCCGCAAUAUAGCAAUUUUUUGGUUGAAUUAUAAUUUAAUGUUUUGAGUUUGAACAGAACACAAUUUCUGUGAUAGUUGUUACAUUACUAUUAUAAUCUUACUUAUUGUUAAUUUUUCUCCAUUGGACAAAAAAAACCAUAACGUAAGACGGUACGUUUAUUAUGCCUGAAUAAAAUAUAAUUUAAAGUAAAUAGUUAAUUAUAUAGAAUUUUACCUAGUUAAUUGACCAUCAAUAAAAUGAGCAAUUAAAAUUGGAAGAAUUCAUUUUUUGUCAAAAUCUAAAUAAUAAACUGAACAAGUUAAAGUUUUGCAUGUAUUUUAUUUUCAUAAUAUUGUAUUUUUUUUUUUUUUAAUAACUAGAGUACGUAUGGAAUUUGUUUAUUUUUAUAAUCUUCGUUGAUAAUUUUAAUCAUUUUUCAUUCAGAUAUUUUUUCUUGUCGCUUUUAUUUUUAAUGUGUUAUAAAUAAAUUUAAUAUAAGUGUGAUACAGAUUUUAUAGUUUUUGUUUGACAAAGAACAGAUUUAAUGCAUAGUGCGUUUUUGGUUUUUAUACUUCUAAUUUCUUGUAUGUAGUAAUAACCUAUAUAUAUUUUAAUUUAAUCUAAAUUAUAUUUUUAUUUUGGCUUACUCACAAUUUUUUAUGAAUCGUGUAUUGUGUCGUCAAAUAACGUGAACUCGAAAACGAGUGUUUUGUACUGUAAUUAAAUGUUGUAUCAGAAUUAUUUUUUUUUCUUCAAUAAUUUUAAGUACUAUUUAUUAAACUAUAAAUAGUUGUUUAUUGAUUUUCGGUAUUCCUGUUAGACAUUAUCUAAGAAUAUGUCAUAUUAUUAAAAAUAAGGUCAAGACUAUAUUAAAACAAUUAUAUUACAAGUUCCGAAUUUUAAUAAUCAAUAU